AUGAGCACCCAAACGCUCAUAGCCAAUGAAGUUUUGGCAUUUAUCAAACAUGCCAUCGACUACAUGGACGAGGUCAGCAUCUUGCAGAUCUGCAAAACAUCCUUCAAAGAGGAUGAGAUAUGCAGUGCCAAGUUGCUGCUGUUCACGACGAUUGGCAAACUCAGCCAGAUGCCGUCUCGUCGAAGGGAUGGCACGGAGAAAAGCAUCCAAGACAUAAUUACAUUGUUGAAGGAGAUCGACCCGGACGACGUGCCUCAAUUCGUGGCGAAGGACCUGCACAAGCUGCCUCCCGUCACGUUCGAUCACGUAGAUGUCACCAGGCUGCUUAAGGAUAUUACAUUCCUAAAGCAAAAGCAGGUCGAGAUGCAGCAUCAGCUGGAGGUGUCCAACAAUACCAUCCGUGAUCUACGGGCAGAAGUAGAGUCAUUGCGCAAUGCAAUUACUGCAAGUAGGUCACCCAGCAACGCGAAUGUGAACACACGUCGCGGGGCACAAGACGCCUCCAUCUGCAGUUUCGAGUCAGCGGGCUCGAAUACGUCACCAGCUGCCGAGGAUGCACGUGUUGCAACGCGUGCCGCGGCCGUCCCUGCCUCGACACCGGUGGAGACGACGACGUGUGUAGGUUCGACGACACCCAAUCGAGCCUACGCAGCAAUUGUAACCGCCGCUAAUAAGCCUGUUGAGCCACAAAACUCGCAGGUUAAAGUAGCGGAUAAAGUGAAAGGGGUUAAACGGAGCCUGCCAAAACCUAAACAGGUUCUGAAAGGGCAGUGCCCAGAUAAGGACACGGGCGACAGCGAUGGUUUCAUCAAGGUGGAGAAGAGGAAGAAAAGGAAGAAGCCUCCUUGUCGGAACCAGUGCGGUACUGCAUUGGCAGGGCCCAACAUGUUGCUGCGUCCAGCCGUACCGACAACGCUGCUGUACGUGUCCAGACUGCAUCUUUCCACGAAGGUUGAGGAGGUCGUGGAAUAUAUGCGCGUGAAGACCAACUGGACUUUGAGGGUCGAGCUGUUGGAGCCGCGUCACAAAACGAACUUCAAGUCGUUCGUGGUGCGAGUUCCAACACAUCACCUCGAGAAGUUCCUCAAAGACGAGUUUUGGCCGAAAGGUGUUAUGUACCGCCGGUUUCGUGGCCAGCUACGUGACACCAGUCAGCGAAACACGACGCCGACACUUUGUGUACAUUAA